CUCGUGAGCUGUUCGAUUUGUGAAAUGUUCUGAGAAACAGAGUGUGAGAGAGAUGAGACAAUUGAGAGAUUUACAGAUUCCGCUAUAUCAAACACAGAAAAUUAGACUAUGGAGAGCUCUGCAACAGCUUCAGGAAUUAGCUUGUAAAGUGACCUCCUCUGCUUCUGUAACAAUCGCCGAUACUAUACCCGUCAACCACGAAGACGGCGUACUCAAGGGCCAUGGAACUUCCGAGCUUGAUGGCGAAGUGGUUGCAACUCUAUGCGGGAUAGUGGAGCGCGUUAACAAGCUGGUCUACGUCCGUGCUUUGAGGGCCAGGUACAAGCCAGAGGUUGGAGAUGUCAUCGUGGGACGUGUUACUGAAGUUGCCCCGAAGCGUUGGAGACUGGAGAUAAAUUUUAGUCAAGAUGCAGUCUUGAUGCUUUCUUCAAUGAACUUACCUGAUGGUAUCCAAAGGCAGCGAACUGCUGUUGAUGAGCUCACUAUGCCCAGCAUUUUUGAAGAAAACGAUGUUGUAUGUGCUGAAGUUCACGGUUUCCAGCAUGAUGGCAGUUUACACCUUCAAGCAAGGAGCCAGAAGUAUGGAAAGCUUGAGAGAGGACAACUGCUAAUGGUCCCUCCUUAUUUAGUGAAGAGACGCAAACAGCAUUUCCUUUCUUUAGUGAAUAGACACAAAUGGUAUUUCCACUACCUUGAAAAGAUUUCAAUUGAUUUGAUUCUUGGGUGUAAUGGAUUCAUCUGGGUUGGUGAGCAUGUAGAAGCUAGGGACAAUAUGGUGGAAGAUCAAGAGACUAAACCUGAACAACAGAAUAGCAAGUUGAGUGGAAUAUCCAUGAGACUUGAAGAACAAGAGAGGACUUACACUCCGCUAGAGACAAGGCAGAGCAUAUGUAGGAUAGCAAAUGCAGUUCGGGUUUUGUCCAGUUUGGGCUUGGGUCUGAAUGUCGAAGUGAUCAUGGAGACAGUUGAACUGAGCAUCUCCCUGAACCUGGAUAUCAAUGAGAUGCUUGGAGCAGAGUUCUGUGUUCAGACUGCGGAGAGAGAAGUUGAACGGCGAAGCUUGUUGAGCAAAAAGAAAGGGUGAUUUCUAGUAGGAGAUGUGGAAUCUUGGUUGUUAACCAAUGUGUGUACCAAGAUUUAGGUUGUUUUUCUUUUACCUUACAUAAUGUGUAUCAGAAAAUUGUUCUCAAAAGAGCUGUGAAAAAUAUUUAGCUGAUUGUGAGAGCAUAGUGAAAC